ACGACGGCUUGGUCGACAUACUCAGCUGUCUGCCAUUGUCAGAACGUUUGCUGAUACCGAUCCGUCACCAUGGAACUCCCUCCCUUACCAGUUCCAACCUCUCAAUUUGUCGAUUGUGUCAACAAAUUUCCUCAGACCCAAGCUGCUGUGGCCGACGCGGUGCAACCUUUCAAGGCCUUCGAAAGCAAGCUGAGAGAGGUCUAUGCGCAGCAUCCGAAUCAUCCUGCUGUAACCAUCAAUCACUUGGUCUCUGUUUUUGAUGCUGCACAGCUUACUGUUCGAGCAAGAGAUCUCGCUCGUGAGACGGUUGCCGAAAAGGAAAUGUUCCUGCUCCCUCUCCGUGAUGCAUUCCGAAAGACCAACGGCUCUCCCGCAACAGUCAAUACGGCCAAGCAAUUCAGAACAAACUUCAACAUCUUCUCUGAGUCGUCCCUCGUGGACCUCGACUGGAAUAAUGUUGUGGUUGCUGGAAGUGCUGUUGCGACCUGUCUGCUUCCCGUGGUUGCACCACACGAUGAAUCCAAGCGUGCACUUCGAAGAUACUAUCAUGAGGAGCUUGCUCCUGCUUCUGAUGUCGACCUCUUCUUGUACGGUCUGGAUGAGGAGCACGCUAUUGAGAAGAUCAAACAAAUCGAAACGAGCAUUCGUGACAGCAUACUAGCCGAAACAACCACAGUCCGUACCAAAAAUGCCAUCACCAUUGUGUCCCAAUACCCGACUCGCCAUGUCCAAAUCGUUCUCCGUUUGUAUAAGAAUAUCUCGGAGGUGUUGACUGGAUUUGAUGUGGACUGUUCCUGCGUUGCUUAUGACGGUCAAAACGUCUGGGCAUCACCACGGGCUCUAGCAGCAUUCAUGACGCAGACAAACUGCCUUGACCUCACCAGAAGAUCCCCGCCAUAUGAGAACAGACUCUCCAAGUAUUCACAUCGCGGCUUUGAAGUGUAUUGGCCAGCAAUCGAGCGCGACCGGAUUGACCCUACCAUCUUCGAAAGAUCCUUUUCGAGGGUACAGGGCCUUGCACGCUUGUUGGUCUUGGAAAAGCUCCCCCAUCCUGAUGACCGGGACAAAUAUCUUGCUCAACUCAGAGAGGAACGAGGUCGUCCACGACUGCCCUGGCGGGCCAACUUUCAUCAGCUACCUGGAAAUGUCAAAGACGUCCAGCCUGACGACGUUGCCGAAUGGUUCGUGGAACCCGAGGAAGUCUCCAAUUACAAUACCCUCACCAUUCCGUAUGGUCCGCGUUACCACGCUAAGAAGAUUGAGAAACUGCUCUUCACGAAAGAUCUGUUAUUGAACGCCGAAUGGAACAGACCAAAAGACAGGAAGACCAUAUUGCAUCGUCAUCCGGCCUUUUUUGGUUCUACGAACGAUGUCAUCCACGAUUGCUGCGGCUUCUGCCCUCAACCAGAUAGUGACGCGGACUUUGCGGCGCUUGACGAAGAAGGACAUCGCUAUAUCUCGGGAGAUAUCGCCUUCCUCAGGGACGACCCUGGAAGGCAAGCAAUUGGGAGCUUCAAUCCCAUCACCGCGAGGACUGGACAGAGAUGGCCUAUCGUCGACCAAGACCUGGAAGCAGUCAGAGAUUGGUUUUCUUCGCCGAUGGUAACCGACAUCAACCGGCGCGAUCACACGGGUCGGACGCCUCUGCAUCUAGCUGCGAUGUGUUCCACUUCAGGAAUCGUGCAAUGCCUCAUCGAGCACGGUGCUCGGCUCACUGCCAGGUUGUACAACGGUAUGACCGCUCUGCACAUUGCUGCCCAUCGUGGUGAAGUGCAAAUGCUUGAUGACCUUUUGGAAAAGAGUAUUGCCAACGAAAGAGAAAGGCUAAGCAAAGAAGAGGCGCAAAAGGAGGCCCGAAGAGCGGUGAUAGCUGAUGCUAUGGAGACCGAAGAUGCGAAAGAUGAUGAAAGCGAGUCCUUCGAUGCAGACGAGGAUAUGACUGACGAAGAUGAAGCCCACGAGAGAAUGACCGAAGGCUCUUUCGUGAAAGUGGGCGACAUCGAGCCAAACCCCGACCCAUCGACCGAGAACAAAGACGACCCAGAUGUAUACGAUGUCGAUGUCCUCGCCUGGGACGCUCCAUUAUCCCCUCUUCAUCUCGCGAUACUCGGUGGUCAUGGCAACAUCAUUGAUGUCCUCGUGAACAAGUAUGAUGCUGACAUCCAGCUCCCAGUCAAGAUCUUGGAGUCGUUUCACGACGGACGUCCAUUCUGGACACAGACACGCUGGAGGAACGCCCGCGCUGCCAUUCUGUCCAUCGUCCUGGCCUUCCAACUUCCACUAGAACAAGCCAAUAGGACAGUCAAAACCCUUUUUGAACACGGCGCAACGUGCACUCAAGCUGACAAGGACCACAUUUCUGCAUUGCACUACGCGGUUAGUAACGCCAAUAUAUUGAUAUUGGAGACCCUCCAGAACACAAGUGCGACCGACUUUUAUGAAGCUUGCCGAAUUGUGUCAGUAUCGGGACACGAACCGACCCUCGAUGUCGAAUCUCCGCUUAUUACAGCGAUUCGUACUCGCAAGAUGGAGGUAGUUAACAUUCUUCUUGCUGCUGGUCUAAAACCUCAUAUCGACUUUGAGGCCUUCGCCGAUGGUCUGUACAGACGUGGCAACAAUAUCCCAAAUGAUCCGGAAGCCUUUCAAAAACUCUAUCAGCGACAAGUCGAACAACCACUGGUAGUCGCCUUGAACAUGGGAAUGGUCGGUCUGGUCAAUCAAUUUCUCGACCAGGGCGAGGAUGUCAAUACUCUCUCCAAAGCAGCUCAAUCUUUUGUGCACGUUUACUGGAGCACGCCGGAAUCCUUUUUAGACGCAGUGCGGAACCACAUCAAGAUACUGGAACAGUACUUGGAAACUACAUUCGAUGCGCGGCCGGAGAAGCCGACAGGUUUGGAGGAAGACGAAAAGUAUCUUGAUUACCAACCCGAAUCAUACCAGUAUUGGACAGCAUAUCAUGACUUGCGCGAAGCUAAAAGGGCCUACGGCUAUCAGGUGGAAGAAUACGAGAGAGAGCUUGCAUCUCCCAAGAAGUAUUCGGAACCAGGCAGCCGCGAGAAAGAAUUUGCCGUACGAAAGACUCUUUCCGAACUUGUGGCCCUGGAACUGAGGCUUGUGGAGAAUGGUGCAAAGACCUUCGAUGAAUUGUAUCCGCAAAGGACGAAGGAGGGGGGCCGUGACAGACGCCUACGACAGCAAGAAUGGCAGCACAACGAGAAAAAUGUGCCAUAUCAGACGAAGAUCUCGUUCAAAGUCGCAGAUCUGAAUGCAGACAAGAAAGGAAAGUAUCUACGACUGUUCGAGGCGGCAUGGAUAGGUGAUGGCGAAACCGUCAAAUCGCUGUGUAUGACCGGUUCUCGCCCUCUUCAAGUCGCUGUCACGGACCUUCGGGGUUUUAGCCCAUAUGCUAUCUCUGUCCUCCGAGGCCAUCUUGAGGUAGCUAAACUUGUUGUCCAGAUCGCUACCAUUCAAUAUCUACCCGAUGAGGAGUCCGAGCGAUAUGAUUACACCAUACAGCUCGACGGCAGCAAUGACGGUGACCUUGAUCGAGGCAAUGAGCAAGGCCUGGAGAGGAACUCCGAGAUCAACGUACUUGCACAACUUGUGGACGAGACGUUCACAGUCAAUGAUGUACUCGCGGUCGCCUCCAGCAGCACCUCGAAGAUAUCUCCGCCUACUAUGGUAACAUGGAAAUGCAAAGGUGCCCGCGCUCUUGACGAGCAUAUCGAGGAGCGAGAAGCCAGCCUGGCUUUCGUUGGUGGUUGGCACGCCGAGCCGCAAAAUUCGGUAUUUACGCAAGGUCGGUCUGUUCCGUCUUUGGUGUGGUUUCAAGAAUGCCUUGCAUACAUCAACGACGGCGGCCAACAAUCCUUGAUGCGGUACGCGAUCUUCACAAACGACCUGCACCUCCUCAAAUUCCUCAUCAAGACUCAGAACGAUCUUGUAAUUCAAAAGGAUGAGACCAGCCUUAGGGUGUCCGACAUCGAAAAGGAAGACUUUGAGCUGGCCCUCAGAUUGGGCAGAGUCGAGUUGAUAGAUGAGAUCAUCAAGACAACCGGGUUUGCGCUGCCCCUUGAGACGUUGGUCGACUCUUCGAAGGCUACAGUGGAUGAGAAACCAAGAUACUAUCAAGGACUCACCGUGCACAGCAGGAAGCGUCAAGACUGGGCGGAUGCCGGCAGAGGUUAUCGUGGUACCAAGGUCGGAAAUGAUAUAGGAGUUCCCCUACUGAGAGCAAUCCUUCAUGGAAAUGUUCAAUCGACCAAGUAUUUCUUGUCGGACGCCCCACUCCGUGGCUACCUGCAAUUUGCAGACUCAUGCAAGAACGACAAGCGCAUCAAGGCAUUGAUGCAGGCAGAGCGCGUUCUCGAUUACUUGCUUCAUCAGAUGCCGCAUGCUUUGGAAAAUCGUUCCGCCCAUGGCAUGACUCCUCUGCAGGUGGCUUACGAAGCCAGGCGAUACCAUGCUGCGAGAAAGCUAAUCGCAGCUGGCGCCAAUCAGGCUACGAAAGACGAAGCGGGCCGAAAUGUUCUGCACAGCAUUUUUCGAUCUUCCCACUUUGACCGCACGAAUCCAGCAUUGCUUCGGUCUGUGCUUCGAAUACUUGACCAAGAUGUUGCCACGUCGCUCUUGCUUGAACGCUCUAAAGGCAUUGCCACAACUGUCUUCCGUGAUAGGGGCCAGACUCCCCUAGGUCUAUUCGUCGAGGGGGUUGAGGGACCGAACGGCUGGCAAGACAGUCUCCAGAUACUCUUAUCGCUAUCUCUAGGCAGAGACCUAGAGAUAAUGGAUACCAGUGGGGAUUAUCUUAUUCAUAAUCUAAUUCGAGAUGGGCAGAAAGACAUCGUGAGGUUCCUGGUCGAGUUCAAACCGGAGUUGCUUCACUGGGAAAAUGCCACAGGUAUGGUGCCUCUAGAAGUGGCAUUCGCCAACUACUCUCGCGACCUCAUCGACAUGGGACCCAAGUUUGUCGGCGACCGUGUCAGGUACAAUCAGGACGAUAUCAUAAACCACAUUACCACGGACAUUGAUGGUGACGAUGACCACCCCAGACGAAACAGAGAAUGGCGUAAAUACCGUCUCGUUGAGUCUCUGGUGGCCAAGUACCCGGGUAAGAGGAAGCUGGUGGGCCUCCAAGAGGCAAAUGAGGUUGCCAAGCGCCUUGCCCGUCAUGAGCGACAGGAGACUGAAGAUACACGUCGGCGCAAGGCACUUGGAAUGCCUCUAAGUAAGCCGAGAUCUGACCACAAGGAAAAGGAUGAGGUCGCACGCAGAAUCUCUCGAACGUCUCGCCUACACUUUCAUGUCGACCGCUGGGACGAAUUGGUGUGGAGAAAGAACGAGGCUGGGGAGGAGAAUAUAGAGCAUGAGUACAAGGACAGUCAUUGGUUAUCAUGGGAUUUCUAAGUAAAUGAAGCGAGGGAAAAUCAGGUCAAAUCACGGCAGUGACUGUUGCAAGGGCUAUUCAGUGAUGCUAAUUCACUAUCUCGAGAUCUGACCGAUCUCCUCUUCCUGAAAACAAUGCUAUCGUAGAUAGGCCAAAUGGAUCAUAAUUCAUGCCGGGUUUAUUCCAGUUUCAAUGCUCAGAAAGACGCAAUCCCUCAAGACUGAUGC